UUGUGAUAUCAUUUCCUUAUUGACUUUCCACUAUACUAUGCGUCAAAUUCUUUGAAAAUGGACCGGAUAAAACGGCCGUCCUGAAUCGCAGAGAAGCAAGACAGUACUCUUUAAGUAUUCUACGUCUUUGGUCGCUAGUAUCAGUGCUUGUCGUGUUUUAACAAAGUUCACAACACAGAAUAUAUCAUGGACAAUAUGACCAGUUUGUCCAAAGGUAGGAAAAGUAUCGAUUUGGGGCGUCUAUUUUCGAGAGACGCACGCGCAGAAAGAAAGCUAGCUGUCGGCCCAGUGUAUGGUCCAGUCAAGGUUAAACAUCCAGCCCUACUUUUAACAUCAAAAACCGCCGGAAGAUCUAAGAUGGCGGCAGGUCUGAACCUACAACCUCAGACGGUCAACGGUCGACUCAAACUUGACUUGAGUAACCAGGGUCUGACGUCCAUUCCGGAUGAGGUGUUUAACAUCACUGAUCUUGAGAUUCUCAACGUGUCCAACAAUAAACUGACUAAUAUACCGGACGCGAUCAAUCGCUUGCAAAAACUUCACUGGUUGGAUGCUGAACGCAACAUGCUAAGAAAGCUCCCAAGAGGGAUUUGUUCUCUGUCUAACCUGGAAGUGUUGAUUGUCAGUAACAACGAACUUUCUUCACUGCCACCUGAGUUAGCAAAGAUGAAGAAACUAACCAAACUGUACAUCCACGAUAACUAUCUAAAAGAGAUUCCGCCAGUCGUUUGUUCUAUGUCCAACCUUGAGGUGCUUACGGUCGGUAAGAACCCCUUAAGAUAUCUUCCAGAAGGCAUCACGCGCCUUACUGGGCUGAAAAGUCUUGAUAUCGCGUCUUGCGUCUUUAGAGAGUUCCCAAGACAGGUGCUAAAACUGAAGACACUCGAGAAACUAUUUGCUGGACAACAUCAGGGCAGAAUGUUCCACGUAGUUCCAGAUGAACUGGAGCAACUACAAAAUUUGUGGUACUUGUCUUUGUCGAACAACAACCUCAGAACGCUACCGAGCACAAUGAGGUACCUGCACAACCUACGUGAGGUCUACCUAAGGAACAACCAGUUUGAGACGAUUCCUGAAGUUUUGUGCGAUCUACCGGAAAUGAAGAAGCUGGACAUAAGGAACAACCAAAUCACGAGGCUACCCAGUAGUCUUCACCGAGCAGACAAGAUGGAGGACUUAAAGGUUACUGGUAACCCCUUGUGGUACCCUCCUCAGUAUGUGUGUGACCACGGAACCAGAGCUAUACUGAUCUAUCUGAAACAAGAGGCAGAGAAACGGAAUCUACAUUCAGACAACACCCCAGAAGCUACGAGGGACCAUUCACCAAAUGGGCUAUGGACUGGCUACGGACGGCUUGACUUCCCCGAGCAGCCUUACCUCGGACAUGGCGGGUUCGCCUCCGUAGAGAUGGCCUAUCACCCGGACUGGAAACAAAACAUCGCCGUCAAACGUCUACUUCCUCAUCAUCAGAUACUGGGAAGUGAGCGAGAGUUGCUGUACUCAGAGGCGAGGAAGCUGAACGUUGGAAGUCGUUCUGCCUACGUCAUCAGUCUGCUGGGUGUCUGUCUGGAGCCCCACUUCGCCAUCGUGAUGCCCUACAUGGAGAACGGCUCUCUGGCCGAACUGUUGGCGCUGAAGGAUGUGGACGUGCCCUGGGCCCUGAGGUGGAGAAUGGCGCACGAGAUCUCCCUGGGGAUGACUUUCCUGCACAACCAAGACCCAAAGAUUCUCCACUGUGAUCUGAAGACUGAGAACAUUCUACUUGAUGGUGACUUCCACGUGAAGAUUUCAGACUUCGGCCAAUCAAAGUGGAAGAGUCAGUCACGUGUCCUGACUGGAACGAGCCCCAAGGGAGGCACAGUCACGCAUGCGCCGCCGGAGUUCUUGUCAGACAUCAAUCUCGUUCCCACCGCCAAGUUUGACGUGUACAGCUUUGGAGUACUGCUGUGGGAGAUAAUUACAAGAGACGAGCCCUACAAACAUGCAACAAAGGCGGAACUCAUCAGCGUUGCCGUGACCCAGGGCCAGCGGCCUGACAUGUCCCUGGUCCCGACACAGCCACAGGACGUGAACAUGGUCAGCAAACUGAUGCAGAGGUGUUGGAGGCAGAGGCCGAAUGAUAGACCAUCAUUCAAAGAGUGUGAGGAUGAACUACGGGAUGUGACUAACAGCUCCAGCAAGGAGGAUGUUCUCAAAGCCAUCAUUCGCUUACAGAAGAAG